GCCGCCGCCGCGGGGCGAGGGCUCCCCGGCCGCCCCCGCCCGGCCAGCCCGCUCCCUGGUACCGGGGGCUGCUGGGGUUGUGUCCAAGGCCUCCCCCUCCCCCGCGUACACACUCACACACACAGACACACGCACACACACUCACACUCACACACACACACUCACACACACACACCCCAUCUCCUCCUGCCGCCGCCGCCGCCGCCGGAGAGAUCGGGGAUCGCCCGCGGCCCGGCCCCGCUCCCGGCUGCGCCCCGUGCCCGGGCGCAUCGCACCCCGCGGGGCUCGCCCGGCUGCCCCCGGGGCGGCGUGCGGGAGGGCGGGGGGACACACGGCAGCUCCCGCGGCAGCUCCCGAUGGCUCGUCCGCGGCCCCGAGAAUACAAGGCUGGAGACCUGGUGUUCGCCAAAAUGAAGGGGUACCCGCACUGGCCGGCCCGGAUUGAUGAACUUCCUGAAGGAGCCGUCAAGCCUCCAGCAAAUAAAUAUCCCAUCUUCUUUUUUGGGACUCAUGAAACUGCAUUCCUGGGGCCCAAAGACCUUUUCCCUUAUAAAGAAUACAAAGAUAAGUUUGGGAAGUCGAACAAGCGAAAAGGAUUUAAUGAAGGCCUGUGGGAAAUAGAAAACAACCCUGGAGUAAAGUUUACUGGAUAUCAGGCAAUUCAGCAACAGAGCUCAUCAGAAACUGAAGGAGAAGGAGGAAAUACAGCAGACGCCAGCAGUGAGGAGGAAGGUGAUCGGGUAGAAGAGGAUGGAAAAGGAAAAAGAAAGAAUGAAAAAGCCGGCUCAAAACGGAAAAAAUCCUACACUUCAAAGAAAUCCUCCAAGCAGUCACGGAAAUCUCCUGGAGAUGAAGAUGAUAAGGACUGCAAAGAGGAAGAAAAUAAGAGCAGCUCUGAUGCUGGGGAUGCAGGCAAUGACACAAGAAACACUUCUUCAGAUUUGCAGAAAACCAGUGAAGGGACUUAACCAACAUAAUGACUGCUGAAUAUUAAGGGAAAACACAAGAAGGUUACAUGUUUGGUUGUCUAAUAUUCUUGGAUUUGAUAUGAGUCACCACAUCUGUUCAUUAGUACCAUCAACAGCAUCCCAGUUUGUAUGCACAUUAUUCACAUUCCUAUCUGUUGUGUUUGCAGAAAUGACAUUUUACCCUUUUUUCUAAGGGUUACUUUUUGAUUUUCAUAUUAUUUGGUUGCAUGAAGUUGCCCUUUUCCAGUGGCUGAGGUUUAUGAAGAUAUUGCAUACUUGAACAUGUUUUAGAUUCCUUUUCGAGACAGAAAAGGCAUAACUCCAAAUUAUAUCAUUCUAAAUCAACAUUUUUUAAACACAACUAAAUCUUAGAAAUGAGUCCCCACCAUACAGUGCUACAAUAAUCUUCCACAUACAGACAUAAUUUUAAAUUUUCCUAGAUCCAUUCUCUCUUGGGUUUUGAUCAGUUUAAAACAUGAAAGAAAAAAUCUUCUUCAGUUGAAAUCACCACCAAGUUCAAUAAUGUAAUAAAAUACCUUUCCUUAUUAGAAGUACCUAGCUAGUUAUACUCUUAAUACUUCUCCAAACCAUGAUGUAAUGUACACUAUCUGACUUAGUUCCUAUAUGUGGAGUUAGUGAAAGUCUUUUUGUGUUUCUUUAGAUUAAUACAAGGAUUUUUCCAAUGCCAACUCAAUUUGAAAUCAUUCAUUUGGAUGCUUUCCAUUUUUAAGCUUACUGUGAUAUACAGCCCUAUGGGAAACCAAAACAAAACAUCAAUUUUAAAUAAUGAAAGGCUUAAAAAAGGAUGCUGUCAUUCUGGCUUUUUUUUUCCUUUUGGAAAUAGAACUAGACUAGUAAGUAAGCAUUCCAAAUCCAUUACUCUGUGUACAUUAUUGUUGCUAUUGUGAUAAUAGAGAUUUUUAUUUAUUUUUAUGCCAGCUUUUAUUGUGAAAACAUAUUUAGUCUGGUUUUAUCAAUCCUUGUUAUGCUUGUCCUUGGAACAUCUUUUGCGUAUUCAAGGUUUGUAGUUGAUGAGUUUACUGUAAAAAACUAAGAAAAAAAACACAAGGAAAAAAAACCAAAAAAACACCAAAACAAAACAAAAAGGAAACAAAAAAAAUGUAUUGUUUUUACAGAAUAAAUUUAUUGGAAUGUGUA